GUUAUCGAUUAUACACAGCUGAUGUUUGCACAGCUGUUUUUGACAUAUUUUUAUCAAUAUUUGCGGCACCUUUGACAACAGGUCCACAAAUAAAUGCAGAAGAGACAACUGCAAAAUAAUGAGUAGUGUUACAAUAGCCAUAAGCGGCUUAAUUGCCGUAUGCACUUAUUUUGUAACUGUUCGUAUGAUUCCGCGCUUCAAAGAUAUGUUCAUCAAGGCCGGUUUGUUUGGUAAAGAUUUAUGCAAGCGUGAUAAUCCCCAGGUUCCUGAAUCCUUAGGUGUAUUAAUUGGAUGCACAUUUCUUGUGGCCAUGUUCCUCUUCAUACCAAUUCCAUACACAUUUGAGGAAUCUGCUUUGUUUGAUAUUAAAACUGGCGCAAAACCAGCAACUUUUCCACAUGAGAAGUUUGCCGAAAUGAUAGCUGCGCUGUUAUCUAUAUGCUGCAUGAUUCUUCUUGGCUUUGCAGAUGACGUUUUGGACCUACGUUGGCGGCAUAAAUUACUCUUACCAACAAUGGCUACACUGCCAUUACUAAUGGUUUACUAUGUAAAUUUUAAUAUAACCACAGUGAUUAUGCCAAAAUUUGUCAGAUCAUUGUUGGGUUAUUCCCUGGAUAUUGGUGUAUUUUACUACAUUUACAUGGGCAUGUUGGCCGUAUUUUGUACCAAUGCAAUUAAUAUUCUUGCUGGUAUAAAUGGCUUGGAAGUUGGGCAAUCUAUUGUUAUCGGUGCAUCGAUUCUAUUUUACAACGUUAUUGAGCUUGCAUUUGGACAUCAAGUCGAUUGCCAUAAGUUUUCGAUUUAUCUUAUGUUACCAUUCUUGGCGGUCUCUCUGGCACUUUGGAAAUAUAAUAAAUACCCUUCGCAAGUAUUCGUCGGCGAUACUUAUUGUUAUUUUGCUGGAAUGACCUUCGCUGUCGUCGGAAUAUUGGGGCAUUUUAGUAAAACUCUAUUGCUGUUCUUCAUACCGCAGAUACUAAACUUUUUGUACUCAGUACCGCAAUUAUUCCACUUCGUGCCAUGUCCGCGGCAUCGUUUACCCAAGUACGACGUCAGAACCGAACUACUUCACAUAAGUACAACGGAAUUUCAUUUGAAAGAUUUAAAUCCGCUGGGAUUGUUAAUGGUUCGUAUACUGAAAAAUCUGAAACUAAUAUCGUGGCAGGAGCAAGUGGACGGUCGGGUGAUUACCAAUAAUUUUACGCUAAUCAACUUUGUGCUGGUUCUUUUUGGCCCCGUACAUGAGUCAGUUGUCACUCAAUUUUUACUGGGAUUUCAGGUGAUUUGUACUUUAUGCGCGUUGAUUAUACGAUAUCCUUUGGCAAGCUACUUUUAUGAAGCUUAGAGGAGGAGGAAGAGGAAGUAAGCAUAUAAUUAUGUAUAUAAGCGCAUGCAUACAUACACGU